AUGAUGAGGUUGUCUGCUACUCUUCCGGCCGUUUUGGGCUUCUUCUCUUUGGCUGUAGCAGCCCCAACACCAGAGACUCAAACUCUCGAGGCUCGGUCCUCAGUGAGCGUAAAAAUCGCCUCUGGAACCAUCGUCGGCAGCUCCAUCUUGGGCAUUGAUACCUUUAAUGGUAUACCCUUUGCUGAUCCGCCAGUGGGUAAUCUCAGACUUGCUCCUCCUCAGAAGCUAUCCAAGAACUUGGGAACCUUUUCCACACCGGCACUUCCUCCUGCGUGUCCUCAAAUGUUUCUUUCGACAGGCUCGUCAAACAUAUUGAUCAAGCUGUUGGGAAGCUUCUUAAACUUUCCCUUCUUGCAGCCGAUCACUGGCCAAGAGGACUGUCUGAAUAUCUCUGUUCAGCGACCUGCCGGCACCAAGGCUACAGACAAGCUGCCAGUGGCAUUCUGGAUAUACGGUGGAGGAUUUCAGCUUGGCGCCACAGUCACUUAUGACGGCACCAGUCUUCUCGCUACUGCCAUUGCUCAGAAUCAGCCUAUGAUCUACGUUGCGGUCAAUUACCGCGUUGCAGGUUUCGGUUUCCUUCCAGGAGCUGAAAUCCUCAAGAAUGGCAGUGCAAACUUGGGGCUAUUGGACCAGCGUAUGGGUCUCCAAUGGGUGGCUGAUAAUAUCGCGGCCUUUGGCGGCGAUCCAGACAAGGUCACCAUCUGGGGCGAGUCUGCAGGCGCAAUGUCCGUCUUUGACCAGAUGAUUCUUUACGGCGGCAAUGCUACGUACAAUAGCAAGCCUCUGUUUCGCGGUGCCAUUAUGAAUUCUGGAACUGCCGCACCAGCUGAGCGUAUUGACUCUCCAAAGGCUCAAGCCGUUUACAACAAUGUUGUCAACAAGGCCGGCUGCAGCGGAAAGGCAGAUACAUUGGCAUGCUUGCGCCAACUGCCUUACAGCACGUUUCUCAACGCAGUCAACUCGGUACCAAGCAUCUUCUCCUACAACUCUCUCGGGUUGUCGUACCUACCACGCCCAGAUGGCGUUGUUCUUCAGGAUAGUCCCGAUGUUCUCUUCGAACAAGGCAAAUACCAUCCGGUGCCUAUGAUUAUCGGCGAUCAGGAGGAUGAAGGGACCUUGUUCUCUGUUUUCCAGACCGAUGUAAACGACAGCCCGAGCCUUGUCAACUGGCUUUCCACAUACAUGUUCUCCAAUGCCACAAAGGCCCAGCUAACUCAAUUGGUCAAUACGUACGAUACCGCUAUUUCCAGUGGUAGUCCAUUCCGGACAAGUAUCUUCAACGAAUUCUACCCUGGCUUCAAACGAACGGCUGCGCUCCUCGGCGAUCUCGUUUUCACGCUCACCAGACGCAUGGAACUUGCUACCCACGCAAAACUGAAUCCCAGCGUGCCCACCUGGUCCUACCUCUCAUCUUACGACUACGGCACUCCCUUCCUCGGCACUUUCCAUGCUUCCGACAUCAUCCAGGUGUUUUACGGAGUAUUGCCUAACAAUGCCAUGUCAAGCGCCAGAUCAUACUUUUUCAACUUCAUCUACAACCUUGAUCCAAACGUAGGGACGAAGGGGUACGCCAAGUGGCCCAAAUGGGCGGAUAACCAGCAGCUCAUGUGGUUCCAAUCAGCCGACUCGAACAGUCUGCUGGCGGACAAUUUUCGAAAUGAGAGCUACCAAUGGAUUGUGCAAAACAAGGCGGCUUUGAGGGUGUAA